UUGAAAAGUCGGAUGUAGAGGCUGCUCUUUUCUUACUAGACAUGAUAAAUACAGGGGAAUUGCGGGGUUUCUCACUUCUCACCAUAGCUUCACAAUAUUACUUGCAGAGUCUGUGAAGUAUCAGAGAGAGAGAGAGAGAGACAAGAUGAGCCCUAGCACAGUCACAAUACUGAAAUCACCCCCAAUGAAAGGCGGAGAUGACGAGUAUAGCUACACCAAAAACUCCACGUUUCAGAAAGAAACCAUAAGUAUUGCAAAGGAGAUUAUUGAUGAGGAAAUUGCUCAUAAGCUUGACAUAAAAGGUCUCCUUUCUGCUACAAGUUCAAGCUCAUUUCGUAUAGCGGAUUUAGGAUGUUCAGUUGGGCCAAAUACCUUCAUUGCUAUGGAAAAUGUGAUUGAAGCUGUCAAACACAAGUAUCAAUCCCAAGGUCUCACAUCCCAAAUCCCAGAAUUUCAAGUGUUCUUUAAUGAUCAAGACUCCAAUGAUUUCAACACGCUCCUCAGGUCUCUGCCUCACAAAAGCCCAUACUUUGCUGCUGGGGUGGCAGGAUCUUUCCAUGCACGGUUGUUCCCCAAGUCCUCUCUCCAUUUUAUACAUGCUUCCCACGCAUUACAUUGGCUAUCUCAGGUGCCAAAUGAAGUGGUAGAUAAGAACUCUGCUGCUUGGAACAAGGGCAGAAUUUUCUACACCACUGCACCAGAAGAGGUGCGCAAAGCUUACGCUGCUCAGUUUGCAAAAGACGUGGAGAUGUUUUUGGACGCUAGAGCAAAAGAGCUUGUGGCUGGUGGGAUGCUGGUGCUGAUUAUAGGAUCAUUCCGAAAUGGGAUUUCUCCUUCUCGCACCUUAGCUUCUGUGUUGUUCGAUAUCUUGGAGUCUACCUUGCUGGACAUGGCAAAAGAGGGGUUGAUAAGCGAAGCUCAGGUGGAUUCUUUCAAUCUGCCUAUCUAUUUUACUUCUCCUGACGAGAUGGAACAUAUUAUAGAAAAAAAUGGGUGCUUCAAAAUUGAGAGGACUGAGUUGUUCAACCCAGAAUCUGUUGUUAAAGCUACAUUGAGUGGACAGGCAUGCACCAUGCACUUUAGAGCUGGUUUUGAAGGAAUGCUCGGCAACCAUUUUGGAAGUGAGAUUAUUGAUGAACUGUUCUAUCGGCAUUCCAAGAAAGCUGAAGAGUUCUCCUCCAGACUGCAGGCUAGCUCCAAUGAAGGAAAUCAACUGUUUCUUGCUCUGAAGCGGAAAUGAUUCCCACACUAUUUAUAAGCUUUCUUUCUUGUCCCUACUUAUAGAUACUUGUGUUCUGUCUCAACAACACAUCAGUUGUUUUCGUAACUGCGUCAUUGUACUAUUGCUUCCAAGAAGGUCCAAAUAAGCUUCACUCGGUUCAAAAGAAAAUUAGUUUGUCUGAAAGCUAGCUCUAGUUAUGUCUCUCAACAGAGUUUCAAUAACAAAAUUCCCUCAGUUUCUAUGAACAACCUCUGUCAUCACACCUGGACAAUUCCAACACACAGCCUCAGUGAAUCCCUGUGUUUAAUUCUUAUACAUCCUGUG